CCGACAGCGCAAAAAAUAAGCCAAAGAAAAACGUUGUUCGCGUACUCAUCGACAAUCGUCGCUUUCAGUAGCAAAUCAGUCGGACAAGCCGGAAGCUCACUAGAAUCGCUCUCGUCUGGAUUUCAAUUUCUGAAAUUUAAAAGUUCUUGUACUAACGGAAACAACAUGACUAUCAAGUCGAUCAAAGCCCGUCAAAUCUACGACUCGCGUGGCAACCCCACCGUCGAGGUCGAUCUGACCACAGAUCUGGGUCUGUUCCGUGCCGCCGUUCCUUCGGGUGCGUCGACAGGUGUGCAUGAGGCUUUGGAGUUGCGCGAUAACGAUAAGGCCAACUAUCACGGCAAGUCGGUGCUGAAGGCUGUUGGCCACGUUAACGACACUCUGGGACCCGAGGUGAUCAAGGCCAAUCUGGAUGUGACAGAUCAGUCGGCAAUUGAUAACUUCAUGAUCAAGCUGGACGGCACUGAGAACAAGAGCAAGUUCGGUGCCAAUGCCAUUCUGGGUGUGUCUUUGGCUGUUGCCAAGGCCGGAGCUGCCAAGAAGAAUGUCCCAUUGUACAAACACAUUGCUGAUCUCGCUGGCAACAAGGAUAUCAUUUUGCCCGUGCCCGCAUUCAAUGUGAUCAACGGUGGCAGCCAUGCUGGCAACAAAUUGGCUAUGCAGGAGUUCAUGAUCCUGCCAACUGGCGCCACCAGCUUCACCGAGGCCAUGAAGAUGGGCUCUGAGGUGUACCAUCAUCUGAAGAACGUAAUCAAGGCCAAGUUCGGUCUGGAUGCCACCGCUGUUGGUGAUGAGGGUGGCUUCGCCCCCAACAUUCAGUCCAACAAGGAGGCUCUCUGCCUGAUCAGCGAUGCCAUCGCCAAGGCUGGCUACACCGGCAAGAUCGAAAUUGGCAUGGAUGUUGCCGCAUCCGAGUUCUUCAGGGAUGGUCUGUACGAUCUGGACUUUAAGAACCCACAGAGCGAUAAGGCCCAAUGGCUGUCGCCUGAGAAGCUGGCCAACUUGUACCAGGAGUUCAUCAAGGACUUCCCCAUUGUGUCCAUUGAGGAUCCCUUCGAUCAGGAUCAUUGGGAUGCCUGGACCAACCUGACCUCCAACACCAAGAUCCAAAUUGUCGGUGACGAUCUGACAGUGACCAACCCCAAGCGCAUUGCCACCGCUGUGGAGAAGGGCGCUUGCAACUGCCUCUUGCUGAAGGUCAACCAGAUUGGCACAGUCACAGAGUCCAUUCAGGCCCAUCUGUUGGCCAAGAAGAAUGGCUGGGGCACCAUGGUCUCUCACCGUUCCGGUGAAACCGAGGACUCCUUCAUUGGUGACCUUGUCGUGGGUCUCUCCACCGGUCAGAUCAAGACUGGCGCCCCCUGUCGCUCAGAGCGUCUGGCCAAAUACAACCAGAUUCUGCGCAUUGAGGAGGAGAUUGGUGCGGGCGUUAAGUUCGCCGGCAAGAGCUUCAGGAAACCACAGUAAACGUUGCCACUUCUAAAUUCCAAACACACCAAGCACUACACACCUUAUCUUAAAAGAUAGAAAUAAAGUAAACCACCAACAGGUGUCGCAUUUGGUGUACGUUCUCGUCAACCAUUUGGGUUUGUGACUGGCGCACAAAGCAAACCGAUCUACCGAUCUAUACUACCCACAAUUUGCUUCGUUAUUAGACAUUAUUAUUAACAUUACGAUUAGUAUGAUCCACUCUCAUUGUUUGCAAAAAAGUGUAUAUUAUAUGUAUGCUGCUCUACAUGAAGAUUCUCAAUCGGUCGUAGUGGCACAAAUAUCAUUGUAUAACCAUAAUAUGGUAUGGAUUCACAUUAUACCCCCUAAAUAAAGAUACAAUAUUUGUUCUAAGCAUCAAAUUGUUCAAAUUGUUCACGUGCAAAACAAAAAAAAAAGACGAAUCCAUUAUACUCUUAUCCAACGUGUUACUAAAUGUCAAAUAUAUAUGGUUGAAAAUA